AUGAAUCAAUCCGUCCUACGGUCGCUGCGCUGUAGUUACCAGCCCUUGCGUAGCAGGUCAAUACCGCUUUAUACGUAUCCUCGCCGGACCCUUAUCUCGCAGCCAAUUCGAUGGUCGCACUCGACGUCCGGCAACGGACACACCGCCGGUAACAGCCAACGACGGCGGAAAUCUUGGGCAAAAUAUUCGGGAGCGGCGCUCGCCGUUUCUGUGGCCGGAUGGAUCGCGUACGAGAACACCAAACCGUUCCGGUAUGCUGUACUGGCAGGCGUUCGAUGUUCCAGGGUAGCAGCCGCAGCCAUCGCGGGCGUGGUGGAUUACAAAGUGACGUUUGCCAAGACAUAUGCAUCCGAAGACCAAAAACAGGAUGCAUACUCCGCAUGUCACAAGCGGAGUGCGCAGAGGGUGUUACGUGCCUUGCUUGCGAAUGGAGGCAUCUUCAUCAAGUUGGGGCAGCAUAUGUCGUCUCUGAUAGUGCUUCCGGUGGAAUGGACGACCACGAUGAGACCCCUUCAGGACCAGUGCGAACCUACUCCCUACGAAGCCGUCGAUGCGCUCUUCAUGUCUGACAUGGGCCAGUCAAUACCGGAGCUCUUCGAGGGCUUUGAUCCCAAACCCAUUGGUGUCGCUAGUCUCGCACAGGUCCAUGUUGCGCGGCACAAAUCGACCGGGCAAGAAGUCGCUGUCAAGAUUCAGCACCCGCAUCUCGUUGAGUUCUGCGAUAUUGACAUGAACAUGGUUGAAGUCACCCUGGGCUGGAUCAAGUACUGGUUCCCCGAGUUCGAGUUCACCUGGCUAGCGGACGAAAUGCGCCAGAAUCUACCCAAAGAGAUGAACUUUGCCCACGAGGCCUCUAACGCUGCGCGUGCCAAAUCGGACUUUGAAGGAGUACGCACGUCGUUGUAUAUCCCCGAGGUUAUCUACGCCACGAAACGUGUGCUCAUCAUGGAGUACAUCCGCGGCAGGCGGGUGGACGAUUUGGAAUACCUUGCAGACCAUAACAUCGAUAGGAACAAGGUCUCGAUAGAGCUGGCAAGGAUAUUCGCAAGAAUGGUGCAUAUCAACGGAUGGUUUCAUGCUGAUCCGCAUGCGGGCAACUUGCUUAUACGUCCUUCGCCUCGAAGCUCGAAGUCGCCCUACAACUUUGAGAUUGUCCUGCUUGACCAUGGCUUGUACUUUGACCUGGACACGGAACUACGGGUGAACUACAGCCGAUACUGGCUAUCACUCAUAGCACCAGCAUCUCCUCAGACAAACGCAGACAGGAGGAAGUACGCAGAGGCGUUUGCCAACAUAGGGCCGGACUUAUACCCAAUCUUUGAGGCCGCUCUUACAGGCCGGACUUCCCUCGAAGGUACCUGGGAAGAGGAAGGCACCGGUCCAUCCUGGCGCGCCGCAUCCAGCAUGCUAGACGUAAUGCCGCAGACGGAAGAGGAACUCGACGCGAUGCGCCACGCCGUUGUCAAUCGGGAGGGAUUAAUACUCUCGGUGUUCGAUGUGCUGAGGAGGGUGCCCAGGAGGGUGUUGAUGGUGCUGAAGCUCAACGAUCUGACAAGGAGUCUGGAUCAUGCCUUGAAAACAACUCAUUCCAAUGUGAGGGUGUUUCUUGUCAUGUCGAGAUACUGUGCGCGGGCGGUGUGGAGGGAUGAUAGGAGAAGGUUGUUCGAGGAGAUGAGGGAGAAAGGAUUCCUCUCGCUCGGUGUGUGGCUGGAGUAUGUCAGGCGCUGGUGGCAAUAUGAAAAAACAUUCCGAGGCCUCGGUGCGGUGGAGACGUACAUGGACCUUCAAGCGUGGAGGGUGAAGACCAGCGCCUAUCUCACCGGUCUGUGGAAAUGGGGCUUCGUCGGGGCGCACUUGGCUGCUGCAGGUCUGGCAGACACCACGCAAAACACGGAGGAACCUGCUCGCACUUAA